AUGGAAAGCAAUGGAGAAAGUGUUACCUUUGCUGAGGCAGAAAUGAUUAUGAAUCUAGCCAGAUUUACGGAUGAACAGCAGCAUUUGGGAAUUGAUGUUGGGGAUUGGAUAUGCCGUAUGACUGCAGCGGAAGAGUCAAGCGGACUACCCCAUCGUUUCUCUUUGGACGACAUUGAUGAACAGUCUCGAGUACUUUCUUCCACGCAGAAAAGUUUUCAACAAUCCGUUCCUAAGCACUACACCUUUCCAAUUCCUCCACCGUACUUUGUAGCAAGAAGGAAUUCAGAAGAAAUUCCAGAUUUGUUGACAGCACUGGAAUCUGAUUCUAUUACACUCAAGGCUUUCGCAUUAUGGGACGUACGUGAAUUAGCUAUAAAAAGUGGCCAUCCUCGUAAUUGGAAUGCAGUGAAGGAUGCUUGCAUGAAAGUACUUACUUCUAUAACUAACCAAGUGGGGCUGGAAACUAGCCAGAUUCAUCGAGAGACCUAUGAAACUCUAAUGCCGGAUGAUGACGGGAAUAAGAGGGGUGGUAAAAGAGGAGCAACUAUUUUGUUGGCUGGUCAGCUUUACAAAGAUAUGAGUCUUCGGAGGCGUGUUAUGAAUUCAGAUGCCUCAGAAAGACCACCUGAAAAAACCACUAUCUUUGAUGCGUUAGCUGACCGUUACAUCCGGCAUUAUAAGCAAGUUACGGACGAAGUGUUGCUGUCAAAUCUAGUUGUGAUUAAUGCACUGGAUGCUACUGUUAGUUCAACAGUAAGUCGGAUCUCUUCAAAAUUCGGAGCUGCGUUAAGAGACAUUGGAUUAACUCUAUCAGAGUAUGACGUUCUGGAAACGGUAGCGGGGCCUACAGGACCAUAA